AUGCCCGAGAGUUGUUGGCAGCAAGUGCGCACCUACGCUGACCAUCUGGGUCACCGCGUGGUGCUCGAGCAGUACGUGGCGCCAGACUAUGAGCCAGACCCCGAACAUGUAAUUCCCAUCCAGGUCUACAGCCUUGUCCCCCUGGAUGACGACCACAAAAACCUCCGGAAGUACCUAAUGCAAAGUUUUUGGGAUGACGAGGUCAAGCCUUUGUUCGAGAUUUAUUCAUACUGCCCGCCCGACGCCUUUGCCUGUAUUGAGCAUAACCGCAUUGAAAUCGCCCGUCGCAAGCAGCAACACCGGUCAGGGGUCGAGAAUCCACUCCCGCUGAUUCCACGAUUCACCCGUCCAACUGACUACUCAACUGUUGGAUUUUGUGUCUUGCUGCGAUCGCACAGCUAUCGACUGGGCGAUGUUGAGGACUCAAAUGAGCUUGCUGAGCUAGGCGAAGGCCCAGAUUUGCUCUACUUCAACCGCUCGUUUUCUAGCACACGCAGUGAUGCCGAUAAGGAGCAGUUUCCAUCUGAAGACGAUGAGAUUCUCUCAACUGAGGCAUUCGAGUUGGCCACCGAGCGCAUUACUGACCAGAUUUACGUUGGCCAGACUCUCAUUGUCGAUAUCUUCAACAACGUCCCUUUCCCUCCAGAGCGAUAUGCCUUGGAUAUAGAUGAAGGUGAGCCUCCUAGCUCGGAACUGCUGUCAGAAGAGCAGAUUCGCAACCAGCUAGCCCAGGAAACUUCAGUUGGCGGCUUCUCUCUUGAUCCGGGUCCAGUCACCAAUACUCCUGAGGGCAAAACCCCUGAUAUUCAAUAUAUUGUCCAUGCACUUUUUCUCAGCUCUGUCCACGACACAGCAGGGCCCUCUCUCUUGGAAAGCACAGCACGCCUCUUCACAGCAUCAAUGUUCUCCCACCUCCCAGCCAAUAAAACCCUCACUCUCAAAUUCUUCAUCCCAAAGUCCCCUUCUUGGUCGGCCAUUCGCCCCGGCCAAAAUGAAGUUCUCGAAAUUCUAUCCCAGCAAACUCAAGAAGACCGUGAAAAUCCCUUCCCCGUCGGCGCCUUCCAUAACAUCGCCACAGGCGACGAUCAACCCCCAACAGCAAAAUGCAUUACUCCUCAACAACCCGAAAAAUAUAUCAGCACAGCACAGGGGAGGUUCUGCGAGCUCUUUCGCCUGUUCACAGUUGUGCUCGAUCGCGCCAAAUUUGUCUCCGAGGCCGGAGUUUACUUCUACAUGGCGCACCUGGAUGCGCCCGAGGACCCUUCCUUGGAGGAGACUCCAGCUGAUACGCAGGUUGUGCGGAGCUCGGACAUGAGUACAGUUGCUGGGCGGUUGGGGGUGGUUGUUCUUGACGGGUAA